CUGUAAAAUCCACUUUUCAUUCUAUGUCAUUUUUGUGAACUCUUGAUGUUGUAAAGUGUGUUUUUCGACCUGUAAUGUGCUAAGAGUGAGCAAAGGGAUUUAAGCACAAACUUGCUUUGAUGCACUAGCCCAGAAUGCUCCUCCUCUUCCUGCUCCUCCUCACCGUAUCAGCCGGCGGCCGCCCCCGCUGUGGGGGCCUCCUCACCGCCGCCCGUGGCAUCCUCCAAACCCCCUCCUUCCCCUCGGAAUUCCCCGUCCCCAUCCACUGCGAAUGGAUCAUCGACGCUCAAAACUUCGCCUCCCCCAACACCUCCAUCGUGGUCUACCUCACCCAACUCUACGUCCAUGAAGGCCUCAUCUUCACCGAGUACCAAGUCUACGACCGCACCUACCAGCUCGAUGGGCGGGAGAUCCACCGCGUGAACGAGACCAACGUGGUCCAAGUGCGAUGGGUGCAGUCGUUCCAGAAUUUCCUGGUGGUGACUUUGCAGCUUGACAGUGUGGAUAGUGCCCAUUUGAGGGUGCUUGAUGGGUUUCUGGACGUCUAUGGGUUUAAUAUCACGUAUGAAAUAGCGAGAGGGCCCGCCAGGAUGGACUCGUGCACUAUUAUGGAUUGCGGUUUUACGGGGAUUUGCUACGACCAUUACACAAAAUUCAGUUGCGAGUGUUUUCCGGGGUACAGCGGCCCUCAGUGCUCCUCCGGCCCCAACUCGUUCUGCAGCACCUCGCCCCCGACUUGCAAAAACGGAGGCACUUGCAUUCAUGUCGGAGUUUCAGCCGUGAAAUGCCACUGCCAGUCGGGCUUCACCGGCGAAACCUGUCAAAUUCCCUUCAGCGCGCUGAAACCCGCCGGAUGUGACAACUGUGUUCAGGGCUGUGCGUUCGAUGGAAAGCUGAAAAAUGCCUGCAAAUGCCCUGCAAUCAACGGAACCAACGAUCGAGUCGGGUUCACCACUACCAUGCAUUUGGCCAAUCUGCCGAAUCUGAGCGGAAAUGCCCUGAAAACGUUCGUCGAAAAUCAGGUUUUCAGGACGUUCAAGACGAACUACUCGAAAUUGGACGCCAUCUCGGUGCAGAACGUCGCGUUUUUCAGGUCGGGCGCCGAUGUGACCUUCCAUUUGUUCGCGCUGAAAAAGGACGAGAAACGCAUCAGGACCGUUUUGGGCAAAUGGGCCGAUCGGGGUUACAUAGCCAACUUGACUGUCACCGACAAGCAGUUUGUGUUUAAACCCAUGCUCGAUUUACAGAGCGUGUCCAUCAAUCAAGUCGGGACGAUCAGGCAAAACGACGAGUUUAUUUUAUCCUGCGUGGCGAGGGGUUCCCCCACGAUGUCCUUCAGAUGGUUCAAGGACGGGGUGUUUGUCAAUGUGACGGAGUUUACAAGUCACAAAUGGAGCCGUCUUAUAAAGUACCCCCAUUCGGAUGAUCAAUACACGGCGUUGUUGGGCGUCUCAAGGAGCGAUAUUUUAGACAGCGGCACUUUCACGUGCCAAGUCGAGGAUUUCGGAAUCCAACAAUGCCUUUCGAGAAGAGUUGCCAUCAAAGCACCGCCGGUUAUUAAAGUCGAACCUAUGAGUCUCACCGUGCGGAAAGGCGAAAAUUUGACUAUUAAGUGCAUCAGCAUGGGCGAGAGUAACAACCAAUACACUUAUAGUUGGACCAAAAACAAGGAAUUAAUCCCGGUUAGGAGCGAGGCGGAGAAGUACGAAAUCCUGUAUCCCGGAGGAAGCAUCCUGCAGAUUUUCAGGAUCGAAAAAUCGGUGAAAUUCUCUUGUUUGGUGCAAGACGGCCCAAUUUCGAGCGAGACCACCGUCGCCAUCCACGUCGUGGACCCCUCUCUAGUCCGGACAUGUCCCCCGGAGUAUUCCUUGAACGUUACAUGGCCGGAAACGGCCCCGGACACCGACACUCUCCAGGAAUGUCCCAAAGGCUACGCAUUUCCCGGAUUCGUCCGGCGUUCAUGCACUCUAAACGAUGGGUUACGUCCCAUCUGGCGCCAGCCCGACUACUCCCAAUGCACUCCGGAGCAAUUAUACAAAAUAGGGUUGGACGUAAGUCCGGGAGGGGGGACUCCGGGCCCGGAAUUAUCACGCAUUUGCUUCCAGUUGAAGCUGUUGCAAUUGGGGUACGAAACAGCGACGCCGUUGCAAAUCGUCAAGAAUUGCUCGAGAUUUUUUGGGGAAAAACAGGGAUUAUUGCCGGGGGAGGGGACCGGGAUUUUGGGCCUAUUAAGGGAUGUGAUUGGCUAUUGCAAAAGGGCAAGGAUUAUCACGGGGGAUUUCGUCAAGGAAGUGUUCCUAUUGGUCGAUGGGGUCUUGAGGAGUGCGAAUUCGCUAGUCAAUCAAGAGCAAGUGAAACUCUUGCAAGAAGUCGUCAGUCAGCAAAUCGAGAUAUCUGCGCCACUCCUCUCCCCCUCCCAACCCCUUUUCCACUUAGCCCUUCCAACCCUUGACGUUAAUGUAAUGUCCGGAGAUCAAAAAGAAUUACCAUUUCUCUCCACCAACGUCAGUGACCACAAAUGGGCCCCACACAGGACCAAAAUCAACACGAAAGAGCAAUGCGUCAUUGGGGUGGUCAUUUACCGCAAUUUGACCGCUUUUUUACCCUCGCGGUCGGUAAUCCGAGUCAAUUUCAGAGACGGGGCUGAAGUGGAAUACGAGGUGAUAUCUCAAAUCGUUCGCUUAUGGAUCCUGUCAGGGGUAAAAAAUCGCGAUUAUAAUCCUCAUAUUAUCCUGGAAUGGAAACACGGAAAUCGAAACGCCUCCAAAGACGGAUGGUUUAUCAAGUGUGCCGUGGCCGAAACGGCCAUGUAUGCAUACUCGUGGAACACUAGUGUUUGUGCAACGAAAAUUUUGGGUUUUAAUUUGACACGCUGUAUAUGUCCAGCGGUGGGGACUUUCGCCCUGCUCUUGACAGCGAAUAAUAUUCAAGUUGGAAAAGAGGAACCACAGCCAAUGCGAUACAUUGUUUUGGCAGGAUGCUCGAUUUGUUUCUUAUCAGCGUUGAUAAGUACAAUUAUUUUGACGAUUCAUUGGAUUUUGAAACGGUCCUGUGUUGUUUUUUUGAAGUUGCAAUGCUCAGUGUCCAUCAUGGGGGUCAUGUUGACCUUUGUACUUGUCACACUGAGUGACCCCUCAGAGCGGUUGUUUGCGAGCGUCAUGUCCAUCCUGGAGCUCCUCCUCCUCAUGGGCCUCUCCUCCCACAUCAGCCUCCUCCUCAUGGUCUAUACCGAGAUGGUCCACCUCCCCAAAUCCGCCACUUCCAAGCAAACCGUCGUGGGGAUAAGCACCGGAGUGCCCAUGAUCGCCGUCUUCGGCAACCAUCUCGCCCAUCAAACCAUGGACGUGCGUCUCGAAUCAUGGUGGCUGUUGGGGGGGACUCUAGCCUUCAGCAUUUUCCUCACCGUGGGGGCCGUCAUCGUGGCCCUUUUCCUCCUCUUGUACGCCACUGUCUUGCACAAGCUGAAAAAACUGACAACAGUGCACGAAAAAGAGGGCAAAAUCCUGCAAAAGCGGAUUGCGCUCCUGAAAAAAUCGGCGUUUGUGUUCAGCUCGCUGGUUUCAGUGGCCGUCAGCAGUAUUUUUUACGUGAACUUCGUCGACGUAAUCUGGUGGCAUUACGAGUUCGGUGUUGUGGCCAUGUUGCUGGGUUUGGUUGUGGUCGUCUGCUACAUCGUGAAAUCGGAUAGCGAUUUUUUUUAUUUGUUGCAAGGACGAUUCAAAGCGAAACAAAAGGAGGGCUUUUUCGGGGUGGAAUCUACAGGUAGUCCAUUAAAUUUUUUCACCAAGGAGGACGCCGAGGUGGAGAGCGAGAGCAUCCCCCACCGCCCCAAAUCCGAGCCCUCCAAGCCCAUCGAAUGCUUCCCCAUGUCCGACUCCGGUCUUCCGGAGUGCGUUUCCGGUGCGAUGCACACCGACGCCAUCUACUGCGCCCAAACCUCCCUCGAGCGCUACAACCGGAGUCCCCAACUCUACCGCAAAGCCCCCUCCAAGCCCCCCGACGAGGAGGCGGUCAGAUGUCGCUCCCCCGACAUCAUCGCCUCCAAAAUAUGCACCGAACUCGAUCUAGUCGCCUCGCACGCCCCCAGCAUCGUCAUCACCCCCGAAGAGCCCCCCAAACUUCGGGGGGAGAUUGCCACAGUUUGCGAGAAAUUGGAGGAGGAGGGGAGGAGGGAUAAUCUGGACGGGAUGUUGGAUAGGAUUAGUCACGAUUUGGACUAUUUGCUGAAUAGGGGGGAGGAGGGGCCGGGGCGGAGGCCCUCCAAGACUAGUAUCAUAACCGAACAGAUUAUUGAGGAAGUUGAGGAGGAGAUCAAAGUCCCCGAGUCAAUCACCGAUAUUUUGAGGACUAAUUGUUAGGAAAAAUAGCAAAAUUCGACUUUUUCAAGACCAAAAAUCAGAAUCGAAUCACUUAUUGUACCUGAAAUUAUGCUACAAUAACUUUAACGAAUUUGCUAUUUUUUCAAGUAGCUGUGAUACGAAUAUUUACAAAUCAAGUAUUACAUAAGUGUGCCUUAUUGUCAUUUUCGUAGCCGGUGUCUGUGUCCCGGGGGGCCAUUAACUAUAACAAAUUUUUGGAUUUUUUUUGAAUUUUUGAAAUUGCUUGAAUUAUUGAUUUUUUUGGAAAUAUCGAAUUUUUUUUUUCAAAAACUAUCUGAAUUAAUUUGGGAUAACACUAUACAGGGUGUUCCGUUAAACUCCAUACUAAAAGUAUUAAGAGUUCUGACAGUGAUAUUUUUUUUAAAUUUUGUUUAGGGCCAUGAUUGGUUGGGUCCUGUUCAAUGAAAAUAAUUCCAGGAUGGCGCCACUUCCGGUUGCACCGGAAGUGAGUCCAACUUCGUUAUUUUAAACAGUACGCUAUGUUUUUUAUUACGUUUUUGGAUUGGUCAAGUGAUUUUGAGACAGUUUUUAUUAGGCUUCCCUAUACCUAAGUUUAACCGUUUUUGAAAUAUUUAAACUUUUUUGAAUUUUUUUGGAUUUGCAUCUUCCGUUUCAGAAAUCUAUAACUCUGCUACUUUUAAUCAUUUUGAAAUUGUUUUCGGGCGUAUGAAAGAGAAAGGUUAGAUCUUUCUUUUGGUGUUUUCGUCGUUGCAAAAAUGAUUAACAAACACCCAAAAUUUAAGGUUAGGUUUGGGAAAUUUCAAAUCCUAUGUUUAAUAGUAUUCAAGUUUUGAUUUUGCCAUAGAAAUAAGAAAAUAGAAAUUUUUUUCACAAUAUUUCAGAAUCUUAUUGUGGACCACAAUCGUAUAAAAUGAGUGGAACCGAAAAAAAAUUGUUUUAUUUUCUUGAAAUUUUUGUAA